AUGGAGCGAGGAGAGGAGGACGGCCGGGAGAGCACAUCCCAACAGAAUACAAUAUGGAAGCAGUUUCAAGCCAAAGCCAAACCCCUGCUCAGCCCCAAACUGGGAAGAAGGGAGUCCGAGGACAAGAAGGAGCGAGGUAUGCGGAUGUUCAAGAAGAUCAAAUGGAAGCAGAGCACUGCCUUGGACCGGGUGAUCUCCUCCUCUCAGCCAGACCUGCUCUUUUCGGACACGGAUCUAGAUGCAGCUCAUCCCUGCCCAAAGCGCCCCUCCAGCCCACUACACAAGCCCACAGUGGCACAGCUGGUGUUCUGCCACCACAAGAGCUCGUCCCUGGGCUCUUCGUGCAUGGACGGACUGGCCGAGCCCCCGAGUGCAGAGGGUCAGAGUGAUGCAGCUGCAGAACCACUGGACAGUCAGUCUGACGGCACACAGGCCUCAGUGGCAGAGUCCCAUAAGGCUUUCCGUGGCUUACUCCGAUGCGCCUCGGCUGACGAGACCUUCUCUGUGGUCUCGAGAUGUGGACGCCUGCUGUCGGGGGUGGGAGCUGCCAGCGGAGCGGGAGCCGGGAGCACCCAGGAUCGAGCCUCCGCCGCUGGGAUGUACAAGCUGGAGGUGGAGCUGAAGAGCGGUCACAACCUGGCCAUUCGGGACAGAGGAGGCACCAGCGAUCCUUAUGUGAAGUUCAAGCUCGGAGGGAGAGAAGUGUUCAAGAGCAAAACUAUCCACAAGAAUCUGAACCCAGUGUGGGACGAGAAGGCCACGUUGCUCCUGGACACGUUAUCAGAGCCUUUGUACAUCAAGGUUUUUGACUAUGACUUUGGCCUUCAAGACGACUUCAUGGGCUCUGCGUACCUGUACCUGGAGUCCCUCGAGCAGCAAAGGAAGCUCCCAGUGACGCUGCACCUGAAGGACCCUCAGCUCCCGGAUGAAGACCUGGGAAGCCUGGAGCUCUACGUCACCCUCACCCCCAAGUACAGCCCCCUGGAGGAGCGCCGUGACUCUAUGCAACUUGAGCUAAAGACGUAUCGGUGGAAACCAUAUGUGAAUAAAACAAUGCUGCUGAGGAGAUCCUGGAAGCGCUCCACAAAGCAGCAGUCCACGCGUCUGGCCGAGCUGCACAGAAAGUCUCAGCUGUGGAGAGGGAUUGUCAGCAUCACACUCAUCGAAGGACGAAAUCUCACUCCCAUGGACCCCAACGGCCUGAGUGACCCGUACGCCAGGUUCAGACUGGGACACCAGAAGUACAGGAGCAAGACCAUGCCAAAGACUCUGAACCCGCAGUGGAGGGAGCAGUUCGACCUGCACCUGUACGAAGAGACUGGAGAGGUGUUGGAGAUCACAGUGUGGGACCGGGACACCGGCCGCAGAGACGACUUCAUCGGGCGUUGCCAACUGGACCUGUCCACUCUUGCCAAGGAGCAAACUCAUCAUCAGGAGCUCCCCCUGGAGGAGUGUCGAGGGACUGUGGUCCUGCUGGUCACUCUCACCGCCUCCGCACACGUGUCCAUCGCUGAUCUGUCACUCACCCCUCUGGACGAUCCUCAAGAGCACAGCGACAUACUGCGGCGAUAUGGUUUACUCAAGUCCUUCUCUAAGAUGAAAGACGUGGGACUGGUGCAGGUGAAGGUGACGAGAGCUGAAGGACUCAUGGCUGCAGAUGUCACUGGUAAAAGCGACCCGUUCUGUGUGUUGGAGUUGAAUAAUGACAGAUUACAAACACACACUGUUUACAAGAACCUUAACCCGGAGUGGAACAAAGUCUUCACCUUUAACGUGAAAGACAUCCACUCGGUGCUGGAGGUGACCGUGUUUGACGAAGACAGAGACAGAAGUGCCGACUUUUUGGGGAAAGUGGCCAUCCCGUUGUUACGAGUGCAAAAUGGCGAACAAAAGGGCUAUGCAUUAAAAAACAAACAGUUGACCGGGCCAACCAAAGGACUGCUGUUUUUGGAAAUCGACGUCAUCUACAAUAAAGUGAAAGCAGCGUUUAAGACGGUCGUCCCAGCAGAGCAGAAAUACAUAGAAGAAGAACAGAAAGUUUCAAAGCAGUUGCUGCAGCAGAACUUUAACCGCGUGAAGAGGUGCAUCAUGGUCCUGUUAAGUUACGGGACUUAUAUCAACAGCUGUUUUGAAUGGGAGUCUGCACAGAGGAGCCUAUUUUCCCUUGUGCUUUUUGUGGUGAUAGUGUGGAACUUUGAGCUGUACAUGCUGCCAUUUGCUCUGCUGCUGCUGCUCAUUUGGAAUUACUUCUUCUCCACGAGCAGAGACCCGUCUGACAGCUCAGUAGACGCCAUGUUUGAAUGGGAAGAUGAAGAGGAAGACAGAGACGACAGGGAAUCAGAGCCCAAAGGCUUUAUGGAUAAACUCUAUGCAAUCCAGGAUGUAUUCAUUAGUGUGCAGAAUGCUUUGGAUGAUGUGGCAUCACUUGGAGAGAGGAUAAAAAACACAAUAAACUGGACAGUGCCUUUUCUUUCUUGGUUGGCAAUUACGGCCUUAUGUUUGGCCACAGUUCUUCUCUACCUCAUUCCCCUGAGAUACCUUGUGCUCGCAUGGGGUGUAAAUAAGUUUACAAAGAAGCUUCGGGAUCCGUACAUGAUCGACAACAAUGAGCUUCUUGACUUUCUCUCCAGAGUGCCCUCCGAUGUGCAAGUGAUGCAGUAUCGCGAGUACAAAGUGGAUCCAGGACAAAGCCCCAACAAACGCAAGAGGACAAAUCCCAGCUAA